CUCCCGCUAGCGCGUGAAACCCUUUCCCACUUGUUGGUUCUCGUUUAUCAGCCAACAUGUUUGCACCGACGUUAGACCCUACUCAAAUCCAUCCAAACAAUUUCAUAUGUCGUUGAAGUUGUUUUUAGAAAUCAAGGAUUCCAAACAACUACAAACUAAUUUUCAAUCUAGAGCUUGCUCGAAAUCUCUUCAUUUCCAUAUUUGUGUUUAGUAAACAUUGAGCUCUAGUGAAAUUUGCAGACUGAAUUGAUUCUGGUUAUCGCUCGGUACAGAAGAUACUCGAUUGAAGAUUUGUCACCAGAUCUUUGGAACUGAGUUUCCAAAAUAUUUCUGAGGUUUGUGUUGAUUGUAUUUGGCAAAUGUCCAGUUCUGGCUUCCUGUUUGGGAGCCUAGAUCGAGGAAUGAUUUCGAUGAACCAUGGCUUUUGAAUUCAAUAUUGGGAAAUCCAUUUCGAUAAUCAUCGUUUUACUUUGAGUUUCAGCGAGUUUGAUGGGACUCCGUUGGUCCAAAGUGGGUUGGACAUUUAUUGCUGGAUUAUUUUACAAGUAAUUUUUCUUUUCUGUCAAAACAAAUAUGUUUUGGAGGGAACGCGAGAGGGAGAACAAAGAUCAGAAUGGUGGACCGCCGUGUGGGCAGGUUCGAGUACUCGUUGUUGGGGACUCAGGUGUUGGGAAAACUUCUCUUGUUCAUCUGAUUGUCAAAGGUUCUUUCAUUGCUCGCCCUCCUCAGACUGUUGGAUGCACAGUUGGUGUCAAGCACAUAACCUAUGGAAGUUCUGGAAGCUCUUCAACAAGCAUUAAAGGUGAUUCUGAACGAGAUUUCUUUGUUGAGCUUUGGGAUGUAUCAGGACAUGACCGAUACAAGGAAUGUCGAUCUCUUUUCUAUUCACAAGUUAAUGGUGUUAUGUUUGUUCAUGAUCUUUCCCAGAGAAGGACAAAGACAAGCUUGCAUAAAUGGGCAGCUGAAAUUGCUGCAACUGGGUCAUUUUCAGCUCCUCUUGGUUCUGGUGGACCUGGUGGCCUUCCUGUCCCAUAUGUUGUUAUCGGUAAUAAAGCUGAUGUUGCUGCAAAAGAGGGUACAAGAGGAAGCAGUGGCAAUCUUGUGGAUGUAGCUCGUCAGUGGGUUGAGAAGCAAGGUUUGCUUCCAUCAAGUGAGGAACUUCCUCUAACUGAUUCUUUCCCAGGCAGUGGAGGUCUUAUUUCGGGAUUCAAAGUUUUUGAUGAAGUGGGAUUGAUUUCUGCCGAGUUGCCAAUUCUGAAGGCUGCCAAGGAAGCAAGAUAUGACAAGGAAGCUUUGACAAAAUUUUUCCGAAUGUUGAUUAGGAGAAGAUACUUCUCAGAUGAAUUACCUGCUGCAAAUGCAUGGUCUAUUUCUCCUGUUCAGAGACCUGUGCAACGCUUAGAUGAAAAUCUGAGUGAUGAGGAUCAAUUUUACAAAAAGCAGAGUUUGACCGGAGACCCUUACAAAUACAACAUGCUACCACCUCUUCCUGCACAACGCAAUCUCACACCACCUCCCACGCUUUAUCCUCAGCAGCCAGUUUUGGCAUCUGAGAGUUACAGUCUUCCGAGAUUUUCAAUCGCCAGUUCCCAAGAAGUAAACAGCAUUGGAAGGUCGAAGCGAACAGAUAUUAAUGUCUAACAGAUAUUUGUUGCCUUGAAGAGUGUUGAUUUGUUUGUAAAAGCUGAUCUCUUUUUGUUUUUUUGUUUUUUAACAUACCCAGAGGCUUUCGUACUGCUAAGUGUUCCUGGGUUAUACAGUUAUAAUGAUUUGUACGACCUCUAAGUACAGGAAAUUCUUUCAAAAGUCUCCUCGUUAUUUGCCCUUAGAAAAACAAAAACAUAAAGGCAAUUCACAAUGAGAUAUGUCGAUGUAAUGUAGUAGUUUUACACAAUUUAUAUCGAUUUUUCCCGGAUGAAA